GAGAAAGAUACGCGGAGUCUGCGAGUCGUAGAUAGCUGAACGCGGGAGAGCGCAAGUUUGCACUGGAAAAUUAUUCGUGAAAGAGGACUUUUCUCCCCGCACUCACUGCAAGUGAUUACAGGGUAGCUACACACCAACACGCAGAAGCGAAGCAAUGAAAUCUCCAAGAAUGAAAUCUCGGAGCAAAUCGCAUUUCCUCGAAGAGGAGGACGACGACUUCACCGCAGUGCUGUGCGAGUUCGACGCGGUGAUUGAGGAUUUCACGUCUCCGGUGGAGAAGAGACAUUUCAGAUACGACGAGCACUUGAAGACGAUGAAGAGACGGAGUAGCGCCAGUGUCAGCGACAGCGGAAUCAGCGACUCGGAAAGUGCAGAAUCUCUCACCAGGAACAGCCUCAGUUUCAGCGAUGAGAAGCUGAACUCCCCCUCCCCCGUCUUCUCCCCCACCUCCCCCUGCGCCUCCUUCACCUCCCCCUGCGCCUCCCUCUCAUCGCCCAGAGCCAAACUCGGAGACACAAAAGACCUGGAGGACUUCAUUGCUGACCUGGACAAGACAUUAGCAAGUAUGUGAUCUGAAGCUACAGCGCAGGGUCCACACCCUUUGGGGGGGGGGUUAACCAGUGCCCCCCCCCCCCCCCCACCUGGCACAGGCUGGCCAACCUGGAGGUGUUGAUUCUACAGGCCAACCGCAACACUCCAAUCUGUCCCGAAGUGGGAAACAUGAGCAAAAAAACUCUAUUUAAAUGGCUUUUUACAGAAUUAUAUUUGAAAUUUUAUAGAGCUGGUUAUUGUAAAUUUAUCAAUGCUACAUUUUUUUUUUUUUUUUUUGUGAAAUAUAUUUUUGUAUCUUUGUGUAAAUAUUGUUUCAGAUUCUAUUGCCUUGGCUGUAAGAAGCAUGUAAGAAGAUUUUUCCAUUUGUCUUUUUUUUUUUUGGUAUGAUUAGUUGUGUACUAAUAACUGUGAACAUGAGGUCUUAACUCACUAGUAAAUCUGGAAAAUUAAUUAUUAGGUAUUUAACACGACUAACGCCUUCCAGUGAUGACAUUAAAAAUGGAAAAUGUAGCUUUUAAGUUGCACCUCUAUUGACAUUACUGUUAUAAACUAUAUUUAUUUUCAGACUUGAUAUAUUCCGUUUAUAACUGGAAAUGUUUUUACAGUCACAGCGCCCAGUUUAUAACUGGAUAGCUGUUUUUGCAGUACACAGUGGCCGGUGUAUAACGGGAGAGAUGUUUUUACAGUCACAGUGCCCGGUUGAUAACUGGAAAGCUGUUUUUACAGCAGAGCCUAAUGACAGGGGUGUGAAAUUCAAUCAGCGGCCAAAAAAAAAAGUGAACAAAAUUGCAAAACGUCCCUAUUCGUCGUUGCAGUCUCAAGGCAAUGACAUCUUGAAAUUCCAGUAAUUGAAAACACAGUUGUAAUGGAUGCAGACAGUACCACGUAUGCAGAAAUGCAUCAUAACAGAAGUACAGAAUUAAGAUUCAGUCAGUGAGAAAACUACAGGGAAUUGGUCUCUCUGAGAUACUGUGAAGUGCAGUGUCCUUGACUGGAAUCUAUGUCAAUUCUCUGUACAGUAGAUCUGAUACAUUAUUGUACGGUGUCUCACUACUUUUGUGUCUUAUUGGCGAAUAAACAAGUUCACUGAAA